UGAAGUGCAGCCAUAAUGAGCGUGAAGGGGGCGCGCGCUGGCCGGGUGCACGCAGAAAGCAGCUACGCAGGAGAGGAGAGGGGUAGAAGGCGAAUGGUGGAGCUGAAGAUGGCGGAUGGCGACAGCGGGAGUGAGCGCGGUGGUAGCAGCGGGGGAGGAGGUGGAGGCGGAGGCGGCUUCCAGCACUUCCAGAGGGACCAGGAGACCCACGAGCUGGCGUCCAAGCGCCUGGACAUCCAGAAUAAGCGCUUCUACCUGGACGUCAAGCAGAACAGCAAGGGCAGGUUCAUUAAAAUCGCCGAGGUCGGGGCCGGGGGCUCCAAGAGCCGGCUGACCCUCUCCCUGUCGGUGGCGGCGGAGUUCCGCGACUACCUCGGGGAUUUCAUCGAGCACUACGCCCAGCUGGGGCCUAGCAGCCCGGAGCAGAUAGCCCAGGCCACCGUGGGGGAGGACGGCGGGCCCAGGCGAGCUCUCAAGAGUGAGUUUCUCGUCCGGGAGAACCGCAAGUACUACCUGGACUUGAAGGAGAACCAGCGGGGGAGGUUCCUGCGGAUCCGGCAGACCGUGAAUCGUGGACCUGGCUUCGGAGUCGGGGGCCCUGUGGGCGGCAUGCUGUCCGGGCAGACCAUAGCCCUUCCGGCCCAGGGGCUGAUAGAGUUCAGAGACGCCCUCGCUAAGCUCAUAGAUGAUUACGGGGGAGACGACGAGGAGCUGGCCGGGGGCCCGGCCGCAGGGGGCUACAGCGAGCUCCCCGAGGGCACCUCCAUCAUGGUGGACUCCAAGCGGUUCUUCUUCGACGUGGGGUCCAACAAAUACGGAGUGUUCCUGCGUGUGAGCGAAGUGAAGCCCAGCUACAGGAACUCUAUCACCAUCCCGUUCAAAGCCUGGAGCAAAUUCGGGGGAGCUUUCAGCAGAUACGCCGAGGAGAUGAAGGAGAUCCAGGAGAGGCAGAGGGAUAAAAUGUACGAGAGGAGAGACGAGUCCGAGGGAGACGACGUGGACGACGACUGAUGAAAUAAAAAAUACAUAAAGAUGAAACAGCUGUUAGUUCAGUUACAUGAAAGAUCUGCAAUAUAGGGGUAUUUUGCAUAAAAGAGAAAAAACAGAAGUGCAUGACAAAUCGUGCUGUAAUAGCCUACUAAAGUAUCGUGGCGUAAAAAAAAGUACAUGUGCAGGGAAAUUAUUGGUGUAUUAUCCUAAAGUUUGUAGGGUUUGAGGGUUGGAGUGAUUGUGUGAAUCUGAAAGUGAAAAAAGUGGACUUAAUGUGUAAAUGAGAUGUACAUCUCAUUGAGAAAAAAAAGAGAGUGCUUUAUUGUAAAAAAAUAAAAAAAUAAAAAUGAAAUAAGAGGAAAGAGAGAACCUACUAAAACCAGCAAAUUGGUUUUUAUAACUAGAAAUGAAGCCAAUGAAUGCUUUCCUAUUUGCAACAUAGUUUAUAUUUAAAGAGUGAGGGAGUCAACCUGUUUAAGAUGUUUUCCUUGCUCCAGUUAAAGGAGAGAGAGAGGGAGAAAUAGCAUCCAUUGUAUUCCUGUUCCAGUCCAGGUCUCUCCUCAGUGGGCAGAUUGUGGGAUUUUUUUUUGCAAGUCAGUCAGAUGAACAUGAGAGGAAUGUAUAAGAAAAGGCUGCCAUCACUCUGUGGAUGUUUUGCAUUAAGUAUAUCAGCACAUUCAGAGCUGUCAAACAACAUGGAGCCCUGCAGCAGCAGCAGCAGCAUGCAGUCAAUCGAAAAGAUUACCCAAAAUAUUAGGGGGAAGUUACUGAGAGGAUUUUCUUUAAGCCCAAACAACAAGGGCCUUGUGGACUAAACUAAAGCUUUGACUCCAGUAGUCAAUUACAGUGCGGAUCAGCUGGGUUUUUAUGUUAUACAUACAAUCUUGGCAAUAUUUUCAAAGCAUAAUUCACAUUGUUUUUUUUUCGGGAAGAUCAAGUUACCUCACGCCAGAGCAUCCCUGGUGUUUGAGAACCGCCGCAACAAGUGGGGAGAGGACUGUCUUUAGUACCCCCACCACCUCCAGGGACGAUACAGAUUUAUUCAAAGUGACUUUUAUGCUCAUUUGCUCCCACGUGCCACUACAAGGGUCCAAAUAUCUGGCAUUGAAACGGGAGCGCUGCAUCAGAUAACAGUGGAGCUUCUCUGACCUUCCAGCUCUGCCGGACUGCAGAGCGCCAGCGAGGAGUUUUCCCAUCAUCCUCUCUGCUACGGUCAGAGCUGGACCGCCUCAGCAGCCGCACGCCGUUUACUGACGUGACCUCUUCCAACACGUGAAGACCCUGGACAGAAACACAUUGAUGGAUGUUCUUUUUUUUUUUUUUUUUGCUUUUUUUGCUUUUGUUUUUAUUUUCAAAAGAGAACUAUAUUGAAAUGAGAUUCUACUUAUAGGAAAACUAUUACCGAACAAACCAGCAAAAGAUAUUUUGAAAUACUUAUAAAAGAAAAAUGUAUUGUGUAAAGGACUUUUAAGUCUAAAAAAAUAAUAAUAAAAGAAAAGGUUAAUUUCUUAAAGCAAAGUUUUGACUCAUACCUCCAGAUUAUUUUUAAUUUUGUUUUUCCUAAAGUAUAACACUUCCUUUAUUAAAACAACUUUAAAUGCAAUACCUGCUGUUGUGACUGUAAAUUUUUAAAUCCCUGUACCUGUACUUAAAGAUAAUCUAUUCAAUCUGCAGCAUCAUUUAGUUAAUGUGCACAGGAAGCAGCUAAUGAUAUGAAUAUUUUCAUUAACAGCUAUUUUCUUGAUGAACAAUGAAUUAUUUGAGCUAUAAAAUGUCUGAAAAAUAA